AGCUCCAGUUUCCCCCCCAAUGCUCUGUGUGUGUCUGAAACUCAACUGGCUCCUUCCCUCCUCACUACAUAGCGCCGCGCACUAAAAACAUCGGACGCUAGGGGAUCAAGACGCAUGCCACAUUACCUCUAUGUGGGCACUUUAACAGAUCUUUCGGGGGCUUUUUCCCAGUAAGGGGGCUGUGGAGGGAGGCCUUUUUUUACUUUCACUGUUUGAUGACUGUAUGCACGGCUGAUUAUUGAGUUGAUUGUUUAUAUUUCAACCGCUGUUUUCCGCCGCCUUGUGCGCGUCUUUCUUUUUCCACUACUGCUUUUUUUGGGGGGAAUCAGCGAACUCUGCUCCGCUCACCAAUGUCCUAUCCUCAGGGUUAUCUCUACCAGCCCCCAGGCUCUCUGGCUCUUUAUUCGUGUCCGGCUUACGGGGCCUCUGCGCUGGCUGCUCCGCGGAAUGAGGACUUGGCGAGGUCGUCCUCCGGCUCAGCCUUCAGCCCCUAUCCCGGCUCGGCUGCUUUCUCUGCUUCGGCUGGUGCGGGCUUCUCAAGUCCGCUGUCAUACUCCACGGAUCCUGCGACGGGAUUCCCCUCCUACAUGUCUUCUCCUUAUGACGCGCACACGACGGGGAUGGCCGGAGCGCUGAGCUACCAUCCGUACGGGAGUCCAGGAUACCCCUACCAGCUCAACGACCCGGCUUACCGCAAAAACGCCACCAGGGACGCCACGGCCACCUUGAAGGCCUGGCUGCAGGAGCACAGGAAGAACCCGUACCCGACGAAAGGGGAGAAGAUCAUGCUGGCCAUCAUCACUAAGAUGACCCUGACGCAGGUCUCCACCUGGUUCGCGAACGCCAGGAGGAGGCUCAAAAAGGAGAACAAGAUGACCUGGGCGCCCCGCAGCAAGAGCGAGGACGAGGACGAGGAGGACGGAGACGGGGAGAGGAAGGAGGCGGAGCACUCUGACAAAACCCUGGAUAACAGCGAGGCUUCUGCGGAGGACGAAGGCAUCAGCUUGCACGUCGACACCCUGACGGACCACUCGUGUUCUGCCGAGUCUGACGGGGAAAAGGUCGGCUGCGUGUCCGAGGUAAACUCCGACCAAACAGCGGAUAAGUGCGCCGAAGACGGCGUGGACCGGAGCCACGACCGCCGCGAGCAGCUCUCGCCCAAACCAGUCACGUCCUCGCCUCUGAUGGGUGUGGAAGCUCCGGUGCUAACCCAUCACCAUCAUCAGCACCACCACCACCAUCUCCAUCAUCUCCACCACCUUCAACGGGAAGAUUUGGCCAGGAGUCUCAUAAACAGCAACGCUAGUAAAUUGUCUUCGUGUCUGGACAGCAGGCCUAAUUCAUCCGGGGCGCCUCAGAAUCUUGCGGCCAAGCCCAAACUGUGGUCUCUGGCCGAAAUUGCUACCUCGGACCAAAAGCAGCAUCAGCUACAGGGGCAACCGAACUGCACCUCCUCCAGCGGCGGAGUUCUCACUCCCCCGACCACUUCACCGACUGCCACUUCCCCCUCCCUUUACCCGGCCCCCUCCAUCCUUGGAAGGCCUAUUUAUUACACCUCUCCCUUUUAUAGCAAUUACACAAACUACGGCAACUUUAGCCCCCUGCAGGGUCAAGGGAUCCUGCGGUACACUAACUCCUCCGGAGUGAGUCUGGCAGCUGCCGCGGCCGCGGCCGCUGCCGCCGCGGCUGCGAGCGAGAGUCUGGGUUCCUCUCACCGGGCUGCGGAGGCUGGCGCGGAACCUAAACUUAGGCCAGACUCCCCCCUCGUUAAAAAUAACCCACACCAGAUUGUUGCAGUCGAGCAGCAACAUUUCAGAGCGACAAAUACAGAAGCAAAGAAAGGUACGUAAUGAGGGGAACUGUAACUGAAAUAAAAACCUAAAGAUCUUUUUUUAUAUCUUUUAGAAUUGUAUUUCACAUCAGCAGUAGAUGAAGAUUGCGCCACCGGUUAAAAUGUUUUAAAUGCAAACCAACCAACUUUUGAUCACUUUUUUGUGUCAUCGCUUUCACAUGGUGGGGGCACUCUGCCUUGCAACAAAUACAUCGAUCAGUUGUAAGAGUGAAUCUGGAAUAAGCGACAUUUAACAACAUUAAUAUAUCUGUAUUUCUUUAUAGAGACUGGUUAUAUCAAGAGAAAGUAAAAAUUACAAAACCUUUUUAAGAAAAAAAUAUUCAUAAGCACUCAUGAAUGUCCAGUGCAUUGCAUUUACAAUUUUAAUCUUUAAAAAUAUAGAUAUCUUUUUCUUAUAAGAACAAGACGACAUUGUUGCCUUCAAAAUCGGUAGAAACAGAAAAUUAACAUGCACAAAUCAUACAUGUACAUUAGUGAAGGACAGAUCUCAAAAUAGGCCAACCACUCUCACACAGGAACAUUUUAAAUCCAUUAAGCAGAAAAUGUUGCCAUAGUUUUGAGCAGGAAAUCUAUUUUAUUGUUGUCUUUGUGCGUAAUGAGAGAGGGUGACUGAGAGUGAGUGUGUGUGGGCACAGUGGGCUUCAAACCUUAUCUUUCAGCUUAGGAUAAUUAUAAUUACACAGGGUCAACCAAAUGCAAACAAAUUAGCUCACUGCUCAGUCUUGGUGCAACUUCACAACUUCAAAUGUCACACACAUAAAAAAAAAAACAAAAAACUGUUAGUUAACCCAAUAAAAAUGGUGUAACAGGAUUAAUUUUUGUUUGGGUUGACUUUGUAAUGUGUUUAUGAGUAUGCUUCAAUAUCAUUAAAAACAGAAAUUUCCAACAGCUAAAACAUAAAGAAAUAAAUACAUACUCAAAUGCAUUUUUAAUUAGUUAUUAAAAUUUGUUCAUCUGGUGUGUCUUCCCAUUAAUUAAACAAGACAGAAAAUAUUAAACUUUUAAAAUCUAUUCUAACACAAUGGAAUGUAAGCCUUCUCCCUGACAAACACAGAUGAGGCGUGCUGUUCAUUGGCAAGGACUACCUCAGGGUAAGGAAUCUCAGCUUGCUAGCAAGUUCAACUUUAGCAUUAGUGCUGUUCCUAAACUAGUUAAAACUGGAUGCAAACUCAAACUCUUUAAACGUUCUAAACCACAAGCCUUGCGACAGUUAUGAAAAUAUCAGCUUUUAUAAAUCCCAUGCAAACCAUUCUCUGCCAGAAGCAACAAAUGAGAAUAGCUAAUAGUUUCGUUGAAGUCAAAUAAGAUAUUUUGGAAGGAUUUCUUACCCAAAUAAAGUAGUGAAAACAUUAUAUUUACACAAUAAUAUGGCUGCUUAAAUUUGAACUUUCAAUGGCUAAUGUAUAAUUUCCUCCAAAAUUCACUUUUAUAGUGUAGAUGGUUGUGGUGGUUGCUUACCUUUCACAUGUACUGCUGCUACAGUCAUUUUUUUAUUAGUGUAGCAGUUACAAUAAGCACUUGCAAUUUUAUUUUGUUUGAUUUUUCUUACUGACGCAGUCUGACACGUUUUCCUAGGACAUAAUGCGGGAUUCUGUUUUUUAAUAUAUUUUUCCAUACUCUGCAGGUAGGUGUCACAAUUGCUCAGAGUAUAAAACAUGGAAAAAAGGCUCCAACCUUCUUAGUCUCACGCUUUAACCUUCAUAACCUUUUACUCCAAACCUGAUCUAGUGCCACCAUAUUUUCUUGGAAAUGAAAGCUGCUGCUGCUAAGCCCCUCACAGACUUAGAUCUUCAGUCUGGCGCAUUACAUUGCAUUGUAAGAUUUCCUUAUCAUUAUUCAUCAUCUCCAAUUAUAUGUGAUUAACAUGUUAUUUCUCAGGUUCCUCUUGUUUGCUUAUUUGCCACGAUAUAUUAUGUUUUGUUGUACAUCUGUGUGUGAAAAAAAAACAAAAACCUAUGGCCUAGAAAAUGUACUUGGAGCAGAAAGGGAGGAGGAUUCUUAGGACGCUGAGCUGAUCUGAAGUGAACUUUAAAGGACCUCAGAGUGGAGUAGCCUACAUUUGAUAUUUAUUUUUUUAAACAACAGCGGAACGAUGCCUAUAAUUUAUGCAAGUUGUAUUGCAGAAAUGGAAAACUGACAUCUUCUGUUUGUUUUGUAAAUAUAAAUAUGAAUAUAUAUAUAUAUAUUAUUGGCUGUUUUUCUUUGGGGGAAAAACAAAAUCUUGUUAUCAGGAGUACUUUUACUAAUUUAUACAACUGUACAUAUAAUAAAAAGGUGGGGUGUUAUAUCUAUUAUUCGGAAUGAGAAAAUAUUAAACUCCUUUUCCCAACUAUAAAA